AGCCACGCCGAUUCUGCAUCUUCUUAGACUCUGACACUGUUCUGCGCCCAAAUCUCGCGCUUGUAUACCUGUUGCGUGCCACAGUGUCCCUCUGAUCGCCGCCCAAAACAGCCGCAGCCUUUGUCAUUCUUCUGUCCGACGCGGCGCCGCUUUCUCUAGCUCCAUCUGUAGCUUGCCAGGCCCCGACUGUCCCAACCACCUCGCACACGUUGUGACCAAGACUGCUCUCUCCUCUUUAAUCUACACGUUCGCAAUCCUUAAUCGCACGUCCAUUCAUCUGCCAAACAUGGGCAAAUACACCUUCACAUGGGAACACGCUGCGCACGACGUCUACGUAACGGGCACCUUUGACGACUGGAGAAAGACGAUCAAGCUGGAGAAGGAAGACGGCAUCUUCAAGAAGACGGUCAGCCUGCCCAAGGUCAAGACACAGUACAAGUUUGUCGUCAACGGCGCGUGGUGUACCAACGACACGGCCGCUAAAGAAGACGACGGCCAGGGCAUGGUCAACAACGUCCUCCAGCCUCACGACAUUGUUGACGAGCCCGUCAACGCCUUCCAAUCCACAGCUCCCCAGUCCAGCACCGCCGCACUUGCAGGAGCUGUUCCAAGAGAGAGUGAGAGGAUGUCCAACUUGGAUAAGGCCAGGUCCCAGGACUCUAUUCCUGGUGCCUUCCCCAUGACUCCCGCCGCCGAGACGCCUGGUACUGCGCCCAGGACCUUUGACAUCAGCCCUCUCCCUGCCACCUCGGGUCUUGGGAACCCAAUCCAGCUUGCGCCUGGUGAGCCUGUCCCUCACCCGAGCACCUUCACCGACAACACAGUGAACUCCACUGUCAGGCACCGCGAGGAGCCCGAGAUGGAGGAGAAGGUCAGCGUUGCGCCCAUUCCGGCGAGUACAGGCCUUGGCAACCCCAUCCACCUCGCGCCAGGUGAGAAGGUGCCAGACGCGAGCACUCUGACCCCACACACUGUUCAGAGCACCGUCAACACUGACUUCGAUUCCUACAACAAGGCCGACUCUCGCCCUCCUCAGCUUGAGCUUGGUCUGACCCCCACAGCCGAGAGGGAGGCCAAGGGCGGCAUGUUCGGCCUGCCCCCUGUCUCAGAAGGCUUGGUCCCCGAGUCGAGCCUCCCCAUGGGCGCAGACGCUGUUCUCGAGAAGGACACUGGCGUCACUGUCCAGUCUGCUGCUCCCUUGAGCUCCACUGCUGCCCUCGCUGGUCAGGUUCCCAAGGAGCCCAGGGCUGUGCCCGAGGCUGUCGCGGAGAGCCGGAAGGAAGCUGGUUUUGCGCCCGAGGCGACUGCCAACACGGAAGCCGUUCUUGAGAAGAAGGAUGUUGAGCAAGAGCUUCUGGAGAAGGUUCCCCAGGCACCAGUCACCGCCGAUGACACGACCGCUACCGUCAACAAUGUUACUUCCAACAUUGGCACCGCUGCCUCUACUGUCGCUGGUGCUGCCACAGCCGGCAUCAUCGCUGGCGCUGGUCUUUUCGCCUCUGCUGCCUACACUGCCAAAGAACAGGCCGCUCAAGCCGUUGGAUUGGACAAGUCCGCUCCUGUAGGCGAUGUCGCCUAUGCUGCAAAGGACAGGGCUGUCGAUGCUGUGGGUUUGGACAGCUCGGCCACCGCGACUGACAACGCGUACCUUGCAAAGGACAAGACCCUCGCCAAUGCUGUUGCCGCCAAGGACCAGACCGCCGCAGCUGCUAACGUCGCAACCGAGAAUGCGUACCUUGCAAAGGACAAGGCUGUUGAAUCUGCUGUUGCCGCCAAGGACCAGACCGUUUCAGCUGCCAAUGUCGCAACUGAGAAUGCAUACCUUGCAAAGGACAAGGCUGUUGAGUCCGUUGGACUGGACAAGUCGGCUUCAGCUGCUGACAACGCCUACCUCGCCAAGGACAAGGCCGUCGAGUCUGUCGGAUUGGACAGUUCGCGUUCUGCCACUGACAAUGCUUUUCUUGCCAAGGAUAAGGCUGUUGAUGCAGCCGGGUUGAACAAUUCAGGUUCAGCUACUGACAACGCGUACCUGGCCAAAGACAAGGCUGCUCAUGCUGUUGGAUUGAAUGAUUCAACCUCUUCGCCCAUCUCGGAGGGCGUUCCUGCGAUCGUCUCUGAAAGCCAGAGGGAGGCUCACGCCAGCCCUGAAGCAUCACUCAACCCCGAAGCCGUCGCAGAGAAGGGUCAGUUCGAGCAAGAGUUGCUCAGCCAGGUUCCCAAGACAAACCACCACGGUGAAUCAGCCCCUGCCGUCGCUGUCCCUGAAAUUGUGUCCGAGAGCCUGAGAGAAGCUCAUGCUAGCCCUGAGGCGGCUGCCAACGUGGAGGCUGUCGCAGAGAAGAAGGCUUUUGAGUCUGAGCUUCUUAGGGAGAUUCCCAAGGCAAACGAGACAGGCGAGUCAGCUCCCGUCAUCGCUGUGCCUGCCAUCGUUUCCGAAAGCCAGAAGGAGGCUCAUGUUGGCCCCGAAGCAGCUGCCAACCCCGAGGCUGUCUAUGAGAAGAAGGCUCUCGAGUCUCAGCUCCUCAGUGAGGUUCCCAAGACGACCGAGAGCGGAGAGUCAGCACCUUCCAUCAAACCAUCAAACAUCCCCGGCGCAGGUUUGGUCGCAGGUAUCAGCGCAGGUUUGGGCUCAGUCUUUGGCUCAGCCUUCGGCUCCACCCCUGCCGCAGCUCCUGCCGAGAAGAGCGUGGAUGUCGCCCGCGACGUGCCUGCCGAGGAGAGCGUGGAUGUUGCCCGCGAUGUGCCUGCCGAGAACAACAUGGGUGUCGCCCGCGAUGUGCCUGAGGUCGUAGCCGAGAGCCAAAAGGAAGCCCAUGUGGACCCUGAGGCUGCCGCAAACGCCGAGGCUGUCAGCGAGAAGAAGAGUGUGGAGAAUGAGCUUCUCCAAGAAGUCAAGAAAGUCACCUCAUCUGGUGAAUCAGCUCCAACCAUUGCGACUCCUAGCACAAGCUCUGCCUCCCACUCGGACCCCGCCAGCACCAUCAGAGCCGUUUCCCCAUACGCCAACCCUACCAGCCCAACCGCUGCCCUCUACUCCGACCCCACCAAGCCCCUGGAGUUUACCAGUGAUCUUAGCGUCCUCGACGCCCCUGCAUCUGCGCCUAUUCCGUUCAUCCAACCUACCGCCAGUGACGACUUGAACUCAAAGACGGUGACUAUUCCCGAGGAGACGAAGCCGGUAGCUACCACAGGCACGGAGACCACCUCGGAUGACAGCGGUCUCAAUGCUCCCGCGUCUGCGCCCGCUCAGCCGGAAACCGCACAGCGCAUUGAGCCCACCACCAGCGUCGACUUCAACGGAAAGAAGCCAGCUACCCCCGAGCAGACAGAGCCGGUAGUGACCACGGGCCUAGACACCACCCCCGUCCCCCGUGCCACUAACGCUUCUCUCGACGCUCCCAGGUCAGACAUGAGGAAAGACUCUGAUGUCAGCCCCCGAGGCACCCCGGGCAGCCAGAGCAUCGCGUCUGGUACCGACGACAAGAAGAAGAACAAGAGGCGGUCAUUCUUCGGCAAGAUCAAGGACAAGUUCAACAAGAACUAAGCGAAGCAAACUCAUGUUUCUCCUGCUUAGUAUGGAAUGGAGUGGUGUGAGAGAUGGAUGGAUGAAUGAAGAGUGAAGAGUGCAGCAGUUGGUGUGUUUUGAUAUCCGCGCGUUCACCCCCCCAGAUUGAUUGUUUUUUUCGUGCGUGUGUGUGCGUGGUUUUUCUUUUUCUAUUACUUGUUUUAUAUCUUUCUCCUCUCGACGGAGUUGCGUGGUUUUGGUUCCGCUUGGCUUUGAUCUAUACCACUUCCCCCCACCUGUUUUUUUUGACUGCUUGCCUUUUGUGUGCGUGUGUGGGUGAUGGGUGGGUGGAUGGUAGGUGGCCGGCGGUGAUGGAGGUGGUAAUG